GCCCCAACCCCGCGCUGGGCCAUGGCCGAGCCUGGAGAGCAACUACCGGAGGAGGUGCUGGCGCUCAUCUUCCGCCACCUGCCCCUGCGGGACCGUGUUGCUGCCGCCAGGGUCUGCAGAGCCUGGGCUGCAGCUGCCACCUGCAGCGCUGUGUGGCACGACACGAACAUCAGUUGCGACUGUGAGCGAGAAGGCAUGCUGUCACCAUAUCUGUCCGCCUGCCUGGACCACGUUCACAACCUACGGCUGGAAUUUGAGCCCUCGAGGGAGCCGAGCCGCCGGGCGGCCACGGAGUUGCUGACCGCACUGGCGAGCCGUACCCCGGGGCUUCGAGGUCUACGCCUGGAGUGCCGCGGAGAGAAGCCUCUCUUCGACGCGGGCCGCGACGUCCUAGACGCCGUUCACGCCGUCUGCCGGGCCGCCCGUGCGCUGCGCCACCUCGAUCUGCGGCGCUUGCCCUUCACACUGGACGACGCUCUGGUGUUGCAGGCGGCACGCGGCUGCCCCGGGCUCCGCAGCCUUUUCCUGGACAACGGUACGCUGGUGGGCAGCGUGGGGCCGGGCUCCGUGCUCGAGCUUCUAGAGGCCUGCCCACACCUGCGCGCCCUCGGCCUGCAUCUGGCCAGUCUUUCGCGCACCGCCCUCGAGGUGCUGGCGGCGCCGGGUCGCGCGCCUGUCGCGCUCCUGGCCGUGCGGUGCGCGUGCCCCGAGGACGCACGUGCGCCCCCUCUGCCCGACGAAGGCUGGGCAGCGUUGCGCCGCCGCCACCCUGAACUGGCGGUGGAGAUGGAGCUGGAGCCCGCGCUGCCUGCCGAGAGCGUGACGCGUAUCCUGCAGCCUACAGUGCCCGUGGCUGUGCUGCGCCUCAGCCUAUCUGGGGACACCGUAGGCCCGGUGCGCUUCGCAGCGCAGCAUUACGCCGCAACCUUGCGUGUGCUCGAGGUGCGCGCCGCCGCCUCGGCCGAGCUGGACGCUGCGCUGGAGUUGCUAGCGGCGCGCUGCGCGGGCCUGCGCGAAGUGCACUGCUUCUGCGUGGUGAGACCCUCCGUGCUGCACGCCUUCCGCGCGCACUGCCCGCGCCUGCGCAGCUACACGCUCAAACUAACGCGGGAGGCACAUCCCUGGCGGCCCACGUUUGUGGCGUGAUGGGGCAAACCCUCCCCCUCCCACCCCACACCCGAGGAGACGUGUGGCCUCCGAGAUGCUGGCUGGGUUUGCCCAGGCGCGCACCAAGUGCUAGCCCGCUCCUCCAUGACUCUGUUGUGUCUCUUGUGCCUUUGGCGGGUUGGGGCUUGUGGAUGGCCUCGGGACUAGCCCGGGGCGCCCUGAGUCCACUGGUGCUCUCAACAUCUGCAGAAGCCCACUGUCCCCUCCGUACUGAGAUCACCCUCAUCCAUCCCCACUCCUCUGCGAACGCUGCUCUGGCUCCGCGGCCCCGGCAUGGGGGGAGGGAGGGCAUAGGCGCAGGCCGGGCCUCAGGGGUGAGUGUGAAAUAAACAAAUCCUGCGCUAUCUCAGUGUCCUGUGAAAGGCGGGGUCGGCCCUGAAGGAGGGGGUCGGGGAACUCGC